AUAUCCAUAUUCAUGACCAGGUUACACCACUCAAUUGGCACAAGACUAACAAAACGUCUAUUUUCAUAUACAUGUAGACGUCCACAAACAAUCGGAUCAAUUCAAGGAAGAACCAACAGUUCUAUCCCACUCAGAUAUCCAAUAAUUGAUCAUGAAUAUGAUUGUGUUGUUGUUGGAGCAGGCGGGGCAGGGCUACGUGCAGCAUUCGGAUUAGCUGAGGCUGGUUUCUCAACUGCAUGUAUUUCCAAAUUGUUCCCUACAAGGUCACAUACUGUUGCUGCCCAAGGAGGAAUUAACGGUGCUUUGGGGAAUAUGCAUAAGGAUGACUGGCAUUGGCAUAUGUAUGAUACCGUCAAGGGUUCUGAUUGGCUUGGUGAUCAAGACGCAAUCCAUUAUAUGACUCGUGAAGCUGCUGAAUCAAUUUAUGAACUUGAACAUUAUGGUGUUCCAUUUUCACGAGAUCAGAACGGCAGGAUAUAUCAACGUGCAUUUGGAGGACAAUCCAAGGAAUACGGUAAAGGCGGACAAGCAUAUCGAACAUGUGCAGUUGCCGAUCGUACGGGUCAUGCAUUAUUACAUUCUUUGUAUGGACAAGCACUAAGACAUGAUACCCAUUUCUUUAUUGAAUUUUUUGCUAUGGAUUUGCUAAUGCAUGAUGGAGAAUGUGUCGGGGUUGUUGCUUAUAAUCAAGAAGAUGGUACUAUACAUAGAUUCCGAGCUCAUAGGACUAUUAUUGCUACAGGUGGGUAUGGUAGGGCAUAUUUCUCAUGCACUUCAGCACAUACAUGUACUGGAGAUGGGUACGCCAUGAUUGCAAGAGCAGGAUUACCAUUGCAAGAUAUGGAAUUUAUUCAAUUCCACCCAUCAGGAAUUUAUGGAUCAGGAUGUCUCAUUACGGAAGGUGCAAGAGGUGAAGGGGGAUUCUUGGUUAAUUCUGAAGGUGAAAGAUUUAUGGAAAGAUAUGCACCUAGUGCCAAGGAUUUGGCAUGUCGGGAUGUUGUAUCUCGAGCUAUAACCAUUGAAAUCAAUGAAGGUAGAGGUGUUGGAAAGGAUAAAGAUCACAUGUUCUUGCAAUUACACCAUCUACCACCCUCUGUAUUAAAGGAGAGAUUACCGGGUAUUUCUGAAACUGCUCAUAUUUUUGCUGGGGUGGAUGUUACUAAGGAGCCUAUUCCAAUCUUACCAACUGUUCAUUAUAAUAUGGGUGGUAUCCCAACAAAUUGGAAAGGUGAAGUUCUUAAACAAGGGAAUGAAGGCAAUGACGAGAUUGUUCCUGGUCUAUUAGCCUGUGGAGAAGCUGCCUGUGCUUCAGUUCACGGAGCCAACAGACUAGGUGCAAACUCGUUAUUGGACUUGGUUGUGUUUGGAAGAGCAGUGUCCCACACUAUUAGAGAUAGUUUAACUCCCGGAACUUCAUUCAGGCAAUUGCCAAGUUAUCUAGGCAAAGAAUCAAUUGAGAAUUUGCAUACAUUAAGAACCGCUGAUGGAACGAAAUCUACCGCCGAGAUCAGACUAGAGAUGCAAAAGACCAUGCAAAAGGGAUGUGCAGUUUUCCGAACUCAAGAGACAUUAGAUCAAUGUGUUGACCAUAUUCAAGAAGUACAUAAAACAUUUGCUACCGAAAUUAAAACCACAGAUAGAUCUAUGAUUUGGAAUUCUGACCUAGUAGAAACCUUGGAAUUGCAAAACUUAUUAACUUGUGCUUCUCAAACAGCAGUUUCUGCCGCUGCUAGAAAGGAAUCUCGUGGCGCCCAUGCCCGAGAAGAUUUCCCCGAUCGAGAUGAUACCAAUUGGUGGAAACAUACUUUAUCUUAUCAAAAGCAAGUUGGUGAUGAAGUCAGAUUAGACUACCGUGACGUCAUAAAGUCCACAUUGGAUGAAACUGAAUGUAAGCCAGUACCUCCAACUGUCAGAGCUUAUUAGUUGUACAUAGAGUAAUAGAAUAUAGAAAUAUCAGGUCGUGCAUUUUGCAAC